AUGCAACUAGUGAGUGAGGAGGGAAGGAGAGAAAGCAGGAGAAUUAUAAAAGCACUUAAGGUACUACAGGAUUUGGAUAUAUCACUGGAUAUUCUAGUGGAAACUGGCAUAGGCAAAACAGUUAACAGUUUUAGGAAACAUGCCACUGCUGGGAAUGUAGCGAAAACCCUGGUAAAACAGUGGAAAAAACUUAUUCCUCCAGAAAAUAAAAGUGGUCGUAGAGGAAGAAAACAAAAUACUGAAAAGGAAAAAGAUGAGACAAAAUCUUCCAUUUCCAAGGAGAUUAAGCCUUCAGAGAAGUCCAAAGCAUCAGUACUGGCCUCCAGAAGUUCAAAUAGCGCUCUCACUUCUAAAAAGUUGCAUAAGCAGCGUACUUGUAGUGAAAAGACCCACCAAAGUAGAGGUUCUGAGUCUCAAAAAGAGUGUGACAAUAAAGAAUGUAGCAGCAGUGGUUCUAAGCAUGCUUCCCAGGGUACCAAUCCUCAAGCUAAAGAAAGUGACUUCAAAGAGGGAACCUCCACAGGCAGCAAGAAAGCUUCAGAAAAGCAGCAUUCUGCUGUAGCCAAUAAAGAUCUAUCACCCCUGAAGGAAAAGCCUAGUAAGGAUUCUUCCAAACAGAGAAAUCCUAAGCAUGUGAAGAAACCAAAACAAAAACUUGUGAUAAAAAGCAAAGCUGAAUUAUCUAGCGAUGAGGAAUUUGAGCCCCCUACUAUGUCUUUUGAAUCUUAUCUUAAUUAUGAUCAAGUUACCAAAAAAAGAAAGAGGAAGGCUUGUCCUACAGGUGAACAGCCAAAGAAGUGCAGUGAACAGAAAAACAGCUCAUUACCACAAAAGACUUCAACAUUUUCUCAUGCAAAAGAGGGAGUGGAAGAUGUAAAAAAAUGUGAGGGUGAUCAAUCAGAAACUCCCAAUAAAAAGGCCAAGGUGGCAUCCCUCCAAGAUCUUCUUAAUACUCCACUGCCUAAAUUUCUGACAGGCAUCUCGAUCUCAUCUCCCCCAUAUGCUGCAGACUUCAAAGCACCUGCUGUAGAAACACCUCAGCAAGUCAGUGAGGUGGCUGAAUUCACAGGACGGAGACUGAACUCUAAAAUGCAAGUUUACUCUGGCUCUAAAACAGUCUGUCUUUCGAAGAUGCUUACGCUGUAUGAACAGUGCAUCCGUGUGCUUCAAAAUAAUACUGAUUCACUACAUGAAGUAGGAGGUGUGCCCUUUGAAAUUCUUGAGCCUGUGCUAACACGUUGCACACCAGAGCAGUUGUUUCGAAUAGAGGAAUGUAAUCCGACUUUUGUAGAAGAGUCUGACCACUUGUGGAAGAAACACUGCCAGAGAGAUUUUAAAAAUGAGACCCUCCUGGAAUAUGAGUCUUGGCGUGAAAUGUACUUGAGACUGUUUAAACAGAGAGAAGAAAAACUGAAGGUGCUUACAAAAAAUAUUCUUUCAGCUCAGUCUGAGAAACCAAAAGGCAGACAAGUAAAAAUGGCUUACAUGACCAGUGCAGCAAAACCACCCAGGAACGUUCGCCGACAGCAAGAAAUCCACGGGACAGGACCUGUCACCCAACUUCAUCCCAUAGAGAAGUGCAAAACAAGGAUUCGAGAAAGCAGACACAGAAAUAAUGCGUCAUCAAAUCCAGUCCCAGCUAGCAACAGUGGAAGUUCUAGCUCAAGCGUAAUGACACAAGAUGGAAAGAAGCCUAUCAAAAAAAUUGCACCCAUCAUGAGGAAAACUUUGAAAGCAUUGAAGAGUAGAACUGGACGACGAUAA